AUGUCUUAUUUCUACACCUCACCAACCUCCAACAUCCCACCUCAACCUCACCGGUCCGCAAUCAGAAUGACGCGUACCGGCUCCUCCUCGUCAACUACAUCAACCGCUUCAAAUUCCUCCUCAAUCUCCAUUCCGUCACCAUACAACUCAUCGUCGCAACCAGGCUCAAGUUCAGCCAGUUUCUCCUCCUCCUACUGGCCUUCCUCAUCCUCAACCACAUGCUCCUCUCCAUCCUCAUACGCCAACCGACACAGCCAUUCUCGCCACAAUAGUAAUGGGACGUCCUAUCUCCCAACACCCUUCCGCUCAGCUCUCCUCCACUCUUCGUCCGUCGCAUCAUCAUCAUCAUCAUCACACAACCCGCAUAGCGAGCCAUCCUCCUACUUCUCAGACGACGAGUUACUCUCCUUGAACCUUGAGUCCGUGCAUCUUGAUGGCACGUCCACAGUGCCAAACAGAAAGCGCGAAAUGACGACCGAAGAACAGGUCGCGGCUGUGAGAGAGCAAGUUGAGCGGGAGAGGGAAGCGGGCAAGAACGACGCUUGGUGGUUGCAGGGCGUUCCUGCCCAGCAAGCCCCCGUGAUGGGUAUGGAGAAGAGGAGUCGGGUUGUGAGGUUUGCCGGUGAGACGAGGAAGACUUCUGGGCAUGGGAAGAGGAGGAGUGUUGUCGUUGGUGGCAAGGGCUCGAGUCGAAGAGACUGA